AUGCAUCAUGGGAAAAAUGCCUCUAAAACUGCGGGCCUGGACGAUGCAGCAAGAGACACCCUCGACAAACAGGCACGCGUGAAGACCGCUGAUCUAGGCUUCCAUGCGCCAGACUACAUCCUAGACGAUAUCAUCCCGGUCACAGACCCCAAACUCAUCUACAGCAAUAUUCAUGCCCAGCGCGACCGCCGUCUUCGCUUACUUAUACGCCGGUACACGAACCAAAUCCAGUACGGCUGUCGCAAUGUUAACUGCGCAACUCCGACCUGCUUGAGCUACCGGAGGAGAAACAGUACAGCGCCGUUGAGGCAAUACACCGAGCUGAGCGCAAGAACAUUGGCGUGUCAGUUGGUAGAAGAGUAUGGUCGAAGUGGCAAGGACACAGCAUUGGGACUCUGCCCAAAUGAGCCUGUCGUGCCGUGGUACGAGGAUCCCACACAUGCUAAGAGGAGGAACAGUCACGAAAAGCUAUCACCACAGAGACAAGAGAAUGGCCAUCUCCCAAGGCGGGCGAGCCGCAUGCCGCAUACAAGAGACUCUUCCAGGCAAUCGCCGGUCAAUGACCAUGGACCACGAAGACACGGUCCCGAUGGUGUGGUUGAAGCAGGGAGGCGCAUUCGCAAACUGGAUUCUACCAUUGCGGAAGGACUUCCUGAGGUUGCUAACCUCUUGAAUACAACUGUUCUACGACCGAACCCGGACAACAAAGAAGCCAGAAGCGAGGACCUUACCCGUGACCUGUCUCAUUCAACUUCGACUCCCACGAAGCCGAAGGAUCUGGCUUCCUUUACACAGACACUAUUUGAUCUAGUCCCACUGCGUAUCCUCAACUGGCUGCCUGUUAGGACUGGCAGCAGUACUGGAGAUGACGCGGUAUCCGCCGCUGGUGCCACCCAUCAAGAGCAGACUCCUGCUGAUGCCACCCAAGAUAGUGGCACAAGAUCCGAACAACGUACCACCGAAACAGUAACAGAUGGGACAAGCGAUCAAUAUCAUGACGCGCCAGCAGUCCGCCAGGAAUCCACGUACUCGCUCAAGACAUUAACAUGGCAAAACGUGACGUGGCUGCUGUCGAAGGACCGAAAAGAAGAUCCUGGUUACUAUGGGCGAUUUACCCCGUUUAUUAAACAGAGCUUCGCAUAUUGUCUCAGUGAUCCUGAAAGGCUGUGUAAGUCAGUCAAAGAUAUUCAGGAGAGUGUCAGGUCUGGCGCAUACAAGCCGCAGGAGAAGUGUGACCCAGCCACCAGAGCACAAUGCAGCCAUGGUCAGCACGUCCCCUCUGUCUUGCCGACCUAUUCGGUCGCUACAACAACACCGGGCGACAUGCGAGCGCUAUUGUACGGACUCUCCACUCUUCAAACCUUCAACGAACGAGAUCUUCUCAUGACCAGCGUUCUGGAAGCACUACAACACUCGUACACCCUGCCGUCGUGGCUGCAGAGCUGGCAGUCUGGAAAGCGUCGUCGUUCGUGCAGCGCAAGUGGCGAGAAGGCGUUGACGAAGAGACAACGACCAUCUGACGACGCGAACGCUUGCGCCGCUCAUCCCUCAAACGUCGUGGGAUCCGACUUGCUGCUCGAGAAUCAUCUACCUGCAAUUCACCUGGAAGACCCCCAGGUGACCGAGCUCUGUCUUGUGGCACUACUGUUCCUCGCAACCACCAUUUUUAAUCCUAGAAUACCUGCGUCGUCAAAAGCCGCUCGCUGGCUAGACAAGCAAGAUUUCAUCAGCUUCAGGGAUGAGAGAAACCUUGGGCUCGCUCAUGCGUCUUUCCGGAGGCACUUACAAUUCCAGAACCUCGCAACCUUGCGCGAAGUGAUCGAGGCUAUUGAUGUGUCCGAGGACUGGUCCGUACAUCGGCUGCUUUUAGGCUUGAUGGAUGUGAUCAGCCAUCGACUGACAAUUACCAAAUGGGCAAAGACGUUGAAGGCCUCGAAAGGCGCGAAGUCGAAGCAAUCAACCAUCGUCGAAUCAAUUGUCGCUCGAUUUGACCGCAACUUGCUUUCCCAGGGUGAGGCCGAUAAAUCCAGCUGGCUCGGCACAGCGGCCGUCGAGCUGGUGAGAACCGUAAUGCUCACAGAUUGGGAUCGUUCUGCCAUCAUCCAGCGAGGUGGACCUGUAGGUGGUGCACUGGAGCUGCUUGCAGAAAUAUACCGCCAGAGGCAAGACUUGGAACUGCAUCACGGUCUCUUCUGGAUGCCCUUCAUUGCAGAUGCCUUUGAUGACAUGUCUAUGCCUUCGGAGUGGCUGUCUUUUCGAGCCGACAACCGUCGAACGCAUCUCCUCUCCUUCUCCUUUCUCUUCCGGCCCGAGGUCCUGGUGAAAUACUUCCGGGCAAUGAACAUCGCCAUUAUGAAGAAGGCCCAUGAGGAUGCGAUUGUCGUUUUCAACGAUACAAGGCAAUACAUUUGGGCAACGCCAGCAAUCCCAAUCCACGGCGCGAAAGAGGUGUUGGCUCAUCUCAGACCUCAUAUGGCCAGAUACUUUGUGCUGACAAUCCGGAGAGAUGAUAUUUUGAAUGACGCCAUCAAUCAGAUCUGGCGCCGUCAACGGCAGGAGAUAAUGCGACCCCUGCGGGUGCGUAUCGGCAAGGACGAGGGUGAAGAUGGCCUCGACCAUGGUGGAGUCCAACAAGAAUUCUUCAGACUUGUCUUUUCGGAAGCGUUUCGACCCGACUAUGGCAUGUUCACAGUUGAUGACAUGACUAGAAUGGCCUGGCUUCAGCCAGGUUCACUGGAACCGCUCUACCGAUUCGAAGCGUUGGGCAUAUUGAUGUCACUGGCUAUCUACAACGGCAUUACAAUUCCUAUCACCAUGCCGCUUGCUUUCUACCGCAAGCUUCUCGGGCUCAAGGUCAAGAAGCUUGACCAUAUCGCAGAUGGCUGGCCUGAACUGGUGAGAGGCUUGAGGACAAUGUUGGGAUGGGCCGAUGGUGACGUCGGUGACGUGAUCGCCAGGACUUAUGAGUUCAGCUAUGAGUUCUGUGGCAGCACCGUCACCGUCGACAUGCAAAAGUUUGGUCGAGAUGAUCCAUGGCCACCGACAAAGCUGCGGACGAGUAAAAGGGGCAAGGAGAAAUCGAAAUCCGCAUCUUUUGAAAUACCUCUGGAUUCGGCGUUGACGCCGCCAUCUCACACGUCGCCCAACUCGAGUCCUACGAUCUCGACCGCUCCGAUCCUGAGCCGAACCUCCUCCGUUGAGCUCAGGGGCAUUUCGACCCCUCAGAGUAUCGACAGUGAUGCGCUGGAGACCCCACAAGUCGAAGAAGCGGCUCUCGUCACCAAUAUGAACCGCGCGCAAUAUGUCAAGGAUUACAUCCACUGGCUCACGCACAAAUCCGUUGAACCGCAAUAUGAGGCGUUCGCCCGCGGCUUCUACACCUGUCUCGACCGCACCGCCCUUUCAAUCUUCACGCCUGAAGCCCUCAAAGUGCUGGUCGAAGGCUAUGCCGAUAUCGACAUUGACGAGCUUCAACACACGGCCACUUACGACGAAUACGCGGCCACUGAUCCCACCAUUCUCGAUUUCUGGAGCGUGGUUCGCAACAUGUCACCAGAACAACACAAACAACUACUCGAGUUUGUGACGGCGAGCGACCGUGUCCCUGUCAAUGGGAUGAAGAGUGUCACCUUCAUUAUCCAGAAGAACGGCGAGGAGGAUACGAGGCUGCCUAGUUCUAGUACCUGCUAUGGUAGGCUUUUGUUACCGCAGUACUCGAACAAGAAGACUCUCGAGGAGAAGCUCACCAAGGCGAUUGAGAAUUCGGCGGGGUUUGGGACCUUGUGA